AUGCAGGUUAGUGCCAACAGCCCAUCUCAACCAGCGCUACAGCGACGCCGGCCGCCAGCGGCACACGACACGCAAGAAAUACCCGCAAACACACAAGCAGGGCCAGUUCGUGUGCGAGACUUGCGGGAAACUCAUGCAGCCCAUCUCAACCGGCGCUACAGCGACGCCGGCCGCCAGCGGCGCACGACGCGCAAGAAAUACCCGCAAACACACAGGCAGGGCCAGUUCGUGUGCGAGACUUGCGGGAAACUCAUGCAGCGCUACAGCGACGCCGGCCGCCAGCGGCACACGACACGCAAGAAAUACCCGCAAACACACAAGCAGGGCCAGUUCGUGUGCGAGACUUGCGGGAAACUCAUGCAGGUUAGUGCCAACAGCCCAUCUCAACCAGCGCUACAGCGACGCCGGCCGCCAGCGGCACACGACACGCAAAAAAUACCCGCAAACACACAAGCAGGGCCAGUUCGUGUGCGAGACUUGCGGGAAACUCAUGCAGCCCAUCUCAACCGGCGCUACAGCGACGCCGGCCGCCAGCGGCGCACGACGCGCAAGAAAUACCCGCAAACACACAGGCAGGGCCAGUUCGUGUGCGAGACUUGCGGGAAACUCAUGCAGAACGCCACCGCGCUGAGAACGCACCAGCGCUCCCAUCUGGACAUCAAACCCUUCGCCUGCAACGAAUGCCCGAAGAGCUUCACUCUCAAGACCUCCUUGCAAUGGCACAUGCGGUCACACACAGGGGAGAAGCCGUACCAGUGCACCGAGUGUCCGCUCGCCUUCAGCCUGAAGGGGAACCUCGACCGCCACCACAAAACUGCACAUCUGGGCAUGCGUCAAAGCGUCCCCUGCCCUAUCUGCGGACGCAUCUUCACCACCAACUCCUGCGUCAGAGUCCAUAUCAAGACGGUUCACCACGGUCAGCCGGGACCCAAGCGGGACCGACGUAAGCGGAGCAAGUUCGGCAAGGAGCUGUUAGAUAAUAAAUAA